AUGUCACUCGGACACUCCCCUCUUAUCGUUCUUCCAUCAGUCAUCGGUUCCCUCUGUCUCUCUCUUUUCUCUGUCUCUCCCUGAAGAUGAUGUCUGAAAUGGAGAAGGCAACAGCAACAGUAACACCACCACGCAAGUCAUCCUCGGCUCUGAGAAGCAAGGAACUCUUCAACCUCCAACCGCCACCGUCCCUUAUCCUCGAUGGCACUCCCACCCCUCACCCUACUCCAAAAGUUUCUCCUUCCCUUCCGGACGCCACCGACACGCUUCCUCAGAGCCGCCACCACCACCAUCAACAACAAGAACAACUGCCGGCGCCACCUGCCAUUCUUUCUCCUUCCUCCUCCGCCAGAAGAAGCAGGAGAGGACAGCUGGCCAGACCCAGGCACAGGGCCGAGAGGCUCUCGUCGUCCUCCUCCUCCUCCCUCCUUCCCCUGCCAUCCAGACUCUGCAUCGAUGACCCCCUUAUGGAUUCACCUACCCUGAGGCCGAAAAAAUGGAAGAACGGCUGCAGUCCCGGCGGCCGUGCUUCUCCAGUUGCCCAAAGAAGCAGCAGGCGUGUGUCGAGGAGAGCGGCUAUGGCGCCAAUGGUAAUUGAGAAAGAAGAAAAGGAAUUCGGUGAUGUGAGUGCUCAAGAAGAUCACCCACCUACCAAGAAGGGAACGCCACGCAGGCUCGGCGAGAAAGAAGGGUAUAAAAAGGAGCUUGAUGGUCGUGACAUUAAUCGAGUGGGACAAUGGCUCUACGAACUGAUCAUGUGGAAGGAUGUCGCCAGAUCCAGUCUCUGGUUCGGUUUGGGGUCGGUCUGUUUCUUGGCUUCUGCCUUUGCACAGGGCAUCAGCUUCAGUUUUGUAUCAGUUACUUCACAGCUGGCCCUUCUCUUCUUGGCCGUCGUGUUCCUCUACAAUUCAUUUGCGAGAAAGGAGAAGGAUGGUGAUUAUGAUGCAAGCGAAUCAAGAAACAAGCUGGUGGUGAGGCAAGAGGAUAUAGCUUAUGCAGUCCAAAUGCUCGUUUCAGUGCUGAACAUGAUCAUUUCAAAGAUCAGAGAGCUUUUCUCAGGGGAUCCAUCGAUGACUCUCAAGGUUGCUCCAAUCCUAUUCAUUGCGUCUGAAUACGGCCACGUAUUGUCCUUGUGGAGACUCUUUGCAGCAGGAUUUUUCUUGAGCUUUACUAUUCCUAAAAUGUACUCAUGCUAUGCGGAGCAAUUACACGGACAAGUGGGCCACUUCAGAUCAUGGAUGUUGGAAGCAUGGACAGGUUGCGGCCAUAAAAGAAUUCUUGCGACUUCCGCAACCACAAUCUUUUGGAAUGUCUCAAGCACGAGGACACGUUUUUUUGCUGCGUUUAUGUUUGUGGUAUUGCUACGGUUUUACCGGCAAUGCUCCCAGUCACAAGGUGAAGCUGGAAACGGGGAUGCGGUUGUAGUAGAGGUCGUAGAGGAAGAAACACUGGACAAAAAUGAGUGAUCGACUUGAUGACUUGCCUUUGUAUUAUGUCCAUGGAGAAUGCACGAAUGUCUGUUUCUGCAAUAUGUGGCAGAAGGGAAGGAUAGAUAUUGUUUUUAGCUUUCUUUCAUAGUAAUCAAGUGGAAACUCUUGAAGAGAGGCAUAGUGCGUCAAGGACUAGAGAGACUGUAGAUAGAAGUCAGUAAUCAACUUGCUUUUGCACUUUAUCCAUUGCUCUUUCCUCUGAGAAACUCUAUCAACAGAUGGAUUUUCUUUUCCAGUGCCUCUUUUCAAUGAUCAAACAGCAAAUAUGAAUUGUAUUGGUUCAAACCAUUUCAGAUUAAAUUCUCCUCAGACAAUACGUACUAGAAAAAUUUCUUCAACCAA